AGGCUUGGGGGUAUGGGGCUGGGGGGCAGCGCCGCCGCGCCUCUAGCCUCCCCCGGGCUCUGAAGCGCUUCCGCGGAAGGAGAUGGGGGCUGAGGUUAGCGAAGGCUGAGGCUCGCCAGGUGCGAGGGUCUGGGGAUGCGGCUCCAGCUGUUGCUGCUGCGGCGGCGGGGCUGCGGCUCCUGAGCGCCCCGGGGCCCCAGGGCUCGGCUCCAGCCGCCUGGCCAUGCCGCUUCCACCACUGCUCUGGCUACUGGGCUGCGGCCUCCUGGCCUCCGCGGCCCUGGCCAGUUACUCGGAGGAUCAGUGCAGCUGGAGAGGGAGUGGCUUAUCCCAGGAGACGAACAGCGUGGAACAGCUAUCCCUGCAUUGUGCCGAGGGCUCCCUGGAGUGGCUGUACCCAGCAGGUGCCCUUCGCCUCACCCUCUCCCCCAGGCUGCCCCCAGGCAGUGCUGGAGCUGGCCAGAGUCCCAGGCAUAUCACAGCCUGCAUCAAGUCCUCUGGCCCCUUCCGGGGGGCCCAAGUCUACGUGGAGAGAGAUGGACUCCUGGAGUUGCUGUUGGCCGAGGCCCAGGGGCCGCCCAGGGGCCGGUGUGUCAGCUGGCAGCCGCAGGAGAGGGUGGCACUGUUCGUGCAGUCUACCCCACAUCGGGACAUCAGUCGCCGGGUAGCAGCCUUCCGCUAUGAACUUCGAGGGGACUGGCACCUGCAUCUUCCCCUCUUCACCCACAACCUUAGCAUGGAAGGGACCUGUCGCCCGUGCAGUGAUGCUGAGGUGCUCAUGGCUGUGUGUACCAGCGAUUUUGUGGUUCGAGGGACGAUCUGUGGAGUUACUCACGACCAGGAGCUGCAGGAGUCAGUGAUCAGCGUCAGCACUCCUCGAAUCCAUCGUCAGAAGUUCCCGCUAUUCCAGCCAGCUGAGUCCUCCAGCCGAGUAUCCGGUACCAUCCGCACCCCCUUGCGCUGUGGCGUCAGGCCUGGCCCUGGCAUCUUCCUCUUCACUGGUUGGAGCCACUUUGGGGAGGCCUGGCUGGGCUGUGCUCCCCGAUACCAAGAUUUUCGACGCAUGUAUGAGGCAGCCCAGGCUGCUCAUCGUAACCCUUGUGAGAUGGCCCUGGAUUAAGGCUCUCUGAGGUUGGGGAGAAAGUAAGAAAGGACCCCACUUAUCCUCUGAUCACUUCUAAGAAGCUAUCAGUGCCCAAGACCGUUGCUACCUUGAGCCAUCUGUCCAGAGGUGCUGUAAGAAAAAGGAAUUGCUUUGAUCCUAGCUUUUGUUUUAGGAUUCAGCAAGGUCUAACAACCGGCACAUUCCCAUACAUCCUGGUGUUCCAAGCGCAGAGUGAAUGAUGCCAGUCUUGGGAGAUGUCAAGUG